AUCUCCGGUUACACUUGUCCCCUCCCUCCACUCUUGUCUCGGUCUCUCCUCUCUCUCUCCAACCCCGCACAGCACCACCCACACAUUGUCCAGGUGAAUAAGCACAAAUUUCAAGCACGAAAAUCCAAAAUUCCGAUCUCAAACUCCAUUUCAAAUCCGGACCUGGGCCCGCCCCAAAUGCGCCGGCCUUGCGCCGCCGCCGCCGCCGCCGCCGUCGCGCGCCGUCGAUGACUCCCGCCCCACCGAACGCCGGCGGCGACCUCUUCGCCGCCAACCUCACGGGCGCGCUCCUCGCGGUCGCCUCCUCCGCUUUCAUAGGCGUCAGCUUCAUCGUCAAGAAGAAGGGCCUCCGCCGCGCCGGCGCCGCUGGCACCCGCGCAGGUGUUGGGGGCUAUGGAUACCUCCUGGAGCCAUUAUGGUGGGUUGGGAUGGUUACCAUGCUGAUCGGUGAGAUAGCUAAUUUCGUGGCCUACAUGUUUGCGCCUGCCGUCCUCGUCACCCCGCUUGGGGCGCUGAGCAUAAUUGUCAGUGCUGUUCUAGCCCAUUUCAUCCUGAAUGAGAAGCUGCAGCGGAUGGGUGUGUUGGGUUGUGUGCUCUGUAUAGUUGGGUCAACUGUAAUCAUCCUCCAUGCGCCGGAAGAAGAGACACCAAGCUCGGUGGCGCAGAUCUGGCACUUGGCAACACAACCUGCCUUUCUUUGUUAUGCGGCCUUUGCGUUGGUGAUCUCAUUGGUGUUGAUGCUGCACUGUGCACCCCGCUAUGGCCAGACCAAUAUAGUAGUUUAUGUGGGAAUUUGCUCGGUGAUAGGAUCUUUAACGGUAAUGAGCAUCAAGGCGGUAGGCAUUGCUAUCAAGCUUACAAUUGAGGGUAUAAACCAGGCUGGCUAUUUCCAAACCUGGUUGUUUGCAACUAUUUCAGCUACAUGCAUAGUUAUUCAGUUAGUUUACCUGAACAAGGCAUUGGACACUUUCAAUACUGCGGUUGUUUCUCCCGUCUAUUAUGCGAUGUUCACAUCCCUCACAAUUUUAGCAAGUGCCAUAAUGUUCAAGGACUGGUCCGGGCAGAGUAUAAGCAGUAUUGCCUCCGAGAUUUGUGGAUUCCUUACUGUGCUUACUGGUACUGUUGUGCUGCAUUCUACAAGAGAACAUGAUCCGACCAUUUCUUCAGAUCUGUACACACCUCUUCCCCCAAUAUAUUGGCAUAUUCAAGGUAACGGUGAAACAGGAGGGAAACAGAAAGAGGAUGAUCUACUCCCUGACGACUUUAUUACUGUGGUGCGACAAGACUACUUUGUCUAGAAGCCUUCUAGGAUGCUCAAACACCUCGAAAGGAUCCUACUUAUGCUCGUUCAUCAUUGAGAAACUCAUGAUGCUUUGUAUGCUCAUAGUUGUCUUGAAAGUCUUGCUGCGGUUGUUUGACUAACCUGAGUAAUUGCUAAGUUUUGUAGAAAAGGUAGGAUUUGCUGAAGUGCCAGUUUGAUCACUGGGCAGCUGGGCCGAUGCCCUGUAGUGAGAUAUAAACAAUAUGUCUUCUAGCUUGCUGGUGUGAGCAAGAUUUUGCUGCCAGCUAGGCAGGAUGCAGCCAUGUGUGUUGCCUCAUCCAUCUGAAAGUCUCUAGCUAGUCUGACAGUUUUCGGCAGAUGUAUUUGUAUUGUACAGUUUAAUGUAAAUGUAUGAAUUAGAGCUAACAAAAGCUGCGCAUAUGUUCCGAGACAAA